CCUUCUUCUCAAAAAAAAAGAAAAGAAAAAUACCCCUUUAGAAGUGAAGCUCUUUAAUAUACGUCCACACUCUACGCUAUAUAAGUUAUAGCUGUGUUUGUUUCACACUCUUGUCUCUCUGUCUCUCUCUGAUCGGAAACGAAAAACAAUGGGUUUAACAUUCGCACUCCGAAAUCGACAUGUUCUCGCAAAAGCAAAACGAAAACAUCAUGUUUUUUAUCCAAAAUCCUUAAACUUCUGCACUUUCUCACACUCACAGUCACAGACCUCAACAAAACAAAACGAAGACACCGUCAACGAAAUCUCGGCCAUGCUCAAGCAAAUGAACUGGCAGUGCCUCAUCGAAUCCUCGGACAUACCAAAGAAGCUGAACCCAGAAGUUGUUCGCUCCGUUCUUCUUCAGAACAAGGUAUCUAACCCCAAACGCCUCCUUCAUUUCUUUGAUUGGUCCACUUCUCAAAUGGGUGGUGGUCCUCAGAAUUUGUAUUCUUUUUCGAUUCUGGCUGUUUCUCUGUGUAAUUUGAGGCUUUAUGCACAUGCUAGUGGCGUUUUAGAGCGAAUGGUGAUGACCCAGAAGCCAGUUUUGGAAAUUCUUGAUUCUAUUCUUAGGUGUCGUGUAGACUGUGGCGGGUCUAAUUGUGAUGUUAUGGUGAUUGAGAUUUUGGUUGAUGUUUAUAGGAAGAUGGGUUUUUUGAAUGAGGCUGUUACUGUGUUUUUGGAAGCUAAAAAUGGUGGCUUUCUGCCUCGUUUGUUGUGUUGUAAUUCUUUGUUGAAGGAUUUAGUUAAGUGUAAUGGGAUGGAGUUGUUUUGGAAGGUUUAUGAUGGGAUGUUAGAAGCUAAGAUAAGUCCUGACGUUUAUACUUACUCUAAUGUGAUCAAUGCGCUUUUUAAAGUUAGGAAUGUGGAGGGGGCUAAAAGGGUGCUUUUUGAGAUGGAGGAGAAGGGUUGUCGUCCUAAUGUGGUUACCUACAAUGUAGUGAUUGGAGGUUUGUGCAGAAGUGGGGCUGUUGACGAAGCUUUUGAGCUGAAGAAGUCGAUGGCAGGAAAGGGGUUGUUCCCGGAUAAGUAUACUUACUCCACACUUGUUGAUGGGUUAUGCAGACAGAAAAGGUUGGAGGAAGCAAAGUUGGUAUUGGAAGAGAUGUUCAAUGUGGGUCUACGUCCUGAUCUUUUUACCUACACUGCUUUGGUUAAUGGUUUCAUGAAAGAAGGUAAAGUAGAAGAGGCUUUGAGAAUCAAGGACGAGAUGGUUGCCCAUGGAAUAAAGUUAAACUUGGUGACAUAUAAUGUGCUUGUUAGUGGGUUCUGUAAGGUUGGUGACGUGGAGAAGGCCAGAACUAUCUUGAAGGAGAUGAUUGCAAUUGGGAUAACACCUGAUACCCAGACUUUUACCCCUCUAAUUGAUAGGUAUUAUCAAGAGAAAAAAUUGGUACAGGUUUAUGACCUACUUCUUGAGAUGAAGAAGAGGAAAUUGGAACCCACUAUAUCCACUUAUGGUGUUAUAAUAAAUGGUCUAUGCCGUUGUGGUGAUCUGCAACGGGCUAAUAGUGUUCUGGAGCAAAUGAUUGCUGGGGGUUUGAAACCAAAUGCGGUUUUGUACUCAACUCUAAUUAAAGGUCACGUCCAAGAAAGUAGAUUUGAUGAGGCAAUAUGGAUAUUGAAAGGAAUGAGGGAAAAUGGAGUUCUGCCUGAUGCUUUUUGCUAUAAUUCUCUUAUAAUUGGGCUUUGCAAGGCCAAAAGGAUGGAAGAUGCAAAGACUUUCUUAGUCGAAAUGAUUGAGAGGGGAUUGAAGCCUAAUGAAUAUACUUAUGGGGCUUUCAUCAAUGGAUAUUGUAAGGCAGGGGAAAUGCAAUUAGCAGACAGGUAUUUCAGGGAAAUGCUAGAUUGUGGAAUAGUGCCUAAUGAUGUAAUCUAUACAGCCCUGAUUGAUGGGCACUGUAAAGAGGGUAACAUAACAGAAGCCUUUUCAGCAUUUAGAUGUAUGCUUGAACAAGGGGUCAUUCCUGAUGUCCAAAGUUAUAGUGUCCUCAUCCAUGGUCUCUGUAAGAACGGAAAAACUCAGGAAGCAAUGGAGGUUUUCUCUGAACUCCUUGACAAGUCUCUGGUGCCUGAUGUUUUUACUUACAGCUCUCUCAUUUCCAGCUUCUGUAAGCAAGGUGAUUUAGACAGAGCUUUUAAAGUCCAUGAAGAGAUGUGCCAGAAAGGCAUUACUCCAAACAUUGUUACUUAUAAUACCUUGAUUAACGGACUUUGCAAGUUGGGUGCUAUUGAGAGAGCUAGGGAACUGUUUGAUGGAAUCUCAGGAAAGGGUUUGGCUCCUAAUGGUGUGACCUAUGCUACAAUUAUAGAUGGGUACUGCAAAUCUGGAAAUUUAAUGGAGGCGUUUCGAUUAUUGGAUGAUAUGCCAUCAAAGGGGGUUCCACCUGAUUGUUUCAUCUAUUCUGCCCUUGUUAAUGGGUGCUGCAAAGCAGGAGACAUGGAGAAGGCCCUUUCCUUAUCUCAUGAGAUGGUGCAGAAGGGCUUUGCUUCCACGUCUUCUUUCAAUGCUUUGAUUGAUAGCUUCUGCAAGUCUGGGAAAUUGGUGGAAGCUAACCAGUUGUUUGAAUACAUGAUCGAUAAGGAUGUGACCCCAGAUCAUGUGACCUACACAAUUCUGAUUGAUUCUUACUGCAAGGCAGGAUUAGUGAAGGAAGCUGAGCAGCACUUUCUGGAGAUGCAGAAAAAGAAUAUCAUGCCAAAUAUUGUGACUUACACUUCACUUUUCUGUGGUUACAACAACAUGGGGAAAAGAAAUAAGAUGUUUGCUCUUUUUGAGGAGAUGGUGGCAAGGGGAAUUGAGCCCAAUGAAAUGACAUAUGGCUUGAUAGGUGAUGCUUACUGCAAGGAAGGUGAUUUGAUGAAAACCUUAAAGUUGGUAGAUGAUGUAUUAGUCAAGGGUAUGAUCUUGGACAGUGAAAUAUAUGAUGCACUAAUAGAUUCCCUAUGCAAAAAGGAAAAUUUUUCUAAAGUGUUGAAGUUACUUGAUGGAGCUGGAGAGCAAGGACUUACACUAAAUCUUCCUACAUGUAGAGCUCUAAUCCGUGGUUUUUCCAAGGUGGGAAAUAUGGACAAUGCAGCAAAGGCUCUGGAAAGUAUGAUUAGAUUUGGAUGGGUUCCAGCAUCCAAUAUAAGUGGCUUAAUCAAUGAAGGCCAAAGUGUUGCAAACUCUGAGAAAUCUGUUAAUAUCUCAAAGCAAGAAAUAUCUGGAGUUGCUUGUCAGGCAGAACCUUAAUUACUCAGCAGAGAACUGGAACUUCUGCUCCCAGUGCUUCCUGUCUAUGGCUUCAUGGUUGCAAAUUCAGGUUCUGGCCUUAGCAGGGUGCUAAAGUGAAUUAACCCUAAAUUGGGUAUAGUAGUUUGAGGUGACAGCUCUCGGUAGCAACAAUGUGCAACUUCUUUUUUCUUAACCAGUUAUUGUGGAUUCUUCCAACCAAAUUUUUGGAAUCAACACUUGGAAAGUUGGGACAGACUAAAAGAUGAAAAAUGAAAAAAUGGCGCAGUAGGCUGGUGCCAGCCAAAAUCAAGGGCUGAAUAAUAUGUGGCUGAAGAAGUUGCAAGAGUACCAGCAAAAAUCAAGGGCUGAUUUUCCUUCCUUUUAGUAAGAAAACCUUAUUGGACAUGCCUGCUGGCCAGUUUAACCAUGAGAGACAACUGAAAAUUUUUUUUAUAGUGAAUCUGACAGUCUGCAGGAGUGGUGGUAUCUAAUUUAACCAGUGCAUGCAACAGCCCUUUAGGGCAGGAGUUGAUUUUCUCUACAUUCAAGGCUAGUGGGGAAAGACACAUUAAGUUGAGCAGAUUUUACUUAUGAAGCCAAAAGCUCAGGGACCCCAUGAUGAAGGUUUUCUUGAGGAUAUAAUUGGCACCAACAAAUAUGUCGAAAAAUUUGAUGAAGCAUCUAAGCAGCAACACGUAUUGCAUACAGUGGAAACAAAGAAUUUCGACGUGUGGUAACACUUGAUGGUGCUCUUUUUGAAACAUCUGGUACAAUGAGUGGUGGAGGAAGUAAGCCUCAUGGUGGCAAAAUGGGAACAUCUAUUCCAGUUGCCAGUGUGUCGGGAGAAGCUGUAGCAAAUGCUGAGAAGGAACUGUCUCUAAUGGUUGAAAAAUUGAAUAGCAUCCGCCAAAGAAUUGCUGAGGAAGUGCAGUGUUACCAGGCAUCAGAAAAAGCAAUUGCAAUCCUGGAGAUGGAACUAGCUAAAAGUCAGAAAGAGGUAAUGCUCAGUCAGGGGUUUUCUUAGGUAUCUUUUACUUGCUAAAUUUGAAGGGAAUAUGUCUCACCUACUCGAAACUUCAAAGGAUGGUUGAUUACUUGCGUUUUUAUUCAUACAGACAUACAAACAUAUAUAUGAAGCUGCUGCAACUAUGGACUUGUUAGACAUUUCAGUGAAAUUUCUUAUAAUAGAAUCAAAGGCCUAUGAUUCUAUUAUAUCAUAGGCCUUAUUUUUGAUCUUGUUCAAGGUUUUGACAACAAUUCUCUCGUCUAGGAUUUUUAAAGGGUAAUGAGAUUAUUCGGAAUUCAUAGCUUAUAGUUAUAUUCAGAUUGCUUGAUAUUCUCUC